AUGGCAACUGAUUCAAUAACAAACAACGAACCCAUUCCACCCCCAGAUAAUGAAGAAAUAGAAUUAGCAAAGUUAGUAUUUGGCGAUACUAGCGACUUUCAAAAUAUUUUGAAUAACUUCGAUCUAGAUAUGUUAGAUAAUGAAAAUCAAGGAGACGAAGAAUGGAAUUCUGAAGAUGAAAAUGAACAAGCUAACAUUAAUGAUGACCAAUUAUUUUUUGUUGAUGAUGGUAUGGAAAAUGAUGAAGCUACAAUUAAAAGCACAGAGGAUGAUGAGGCAAUGGAUAUAGAUAGUGAAGAAGAUGAUGAAGCUGAUGAUGACGUAGCUUGGGUGGACUCUGACGAUGAAAGGUUAAAUGUUCCUUUAACCUCGUCAAAUAAGACUAAAAAAUUAAGAACAUCUUAUACUAGAACUAUUGUUUCAGGUACUACUUAUAUUAAUCGUCUAAGAGAACAAUUUGAAAGAAUAUAUCCUCGUCCAGAUUGGGCAAAUGAUGAUGAUAAAUCUUCUGGCGAUGAAGUUGAAAAUGCUCAAGAUCAUGAUGAUGUCAUUGAUGGUGACACGGCAGCUUUAUCAAAAAUUUUACAAUUAUCGUACAAUUAUAAAGAUGUUUCAGCUUCGAAACUAUUGAAAUCAAAAAUUCUGAAUAUCGUACGUUUGAAAGAUGCAAAUAUUUCACACGCAUCACGUUCGGGUAUUCAAUCAUUAUCCUUCCAUCCAACAAAGCCAAUACUAUUGACUGGUGGUUAUGAUAAAACUUUAAGAUUAUAUCAUAUAGAUGGUAAAUCAAAUAAUCUGGUAACAAGUGUUCAUUUAAAGGGGACUCCAAUUCAAACAUGUACAUUCUAUGUCUCAUUAUCUUCAGCUAAUAGUGAACAAAAAAUUUUAACAGGUGGUAGAAAGCCUUUUAUGCAUUCGUGGGAUUUAUCUGCAUCGUUACCUGGUAACAAUAGUCAUAAUAAUUCAGUGGUCAAGAUUGAGAAAUUCUCAAGAUUGUAUGGUCAUGAACAAACACAAAAAUCUUUUGAAAAGUUUAAAGUUGCACACUUUUAUAAUUUCCAAAUUAAUCAAGCACACGGUAUCAUUUUACUACAAGGUAAUACUGGUUGGGUAAAUAUCUUACAUUUAACUACUGGUGUAUGGUUAAUGGGUUGUAAAAUUGAAGGCACUAUAGCUGAUUUUUGUGUUGAUUAUAGACCUUUAUCUAAAAAUAAAUUCAAAACUAUUCUGAUAUCAACAAAUACGUACGGUGAAAUUUGGGAGUUUGAUUUAUCAAGUAAUGGUAAAGUACUAAAGAGAUGGAAAGAUCAAGGAGGUGUCGGUAUUACAACAAUUCAAGUCGGUGGUGGUACAAAUUCAAAUAACUUAUUCCCAGUAACAUCGGGGAAAAUCAAGCCUAACAGAUGGUUAGCACUUGGUAGUGAAAGUGGUUAUGUUACGAUAUAUGAUAGAAACGCAACAAAAGAUUCAGAAAACCCCACCCCAGCUGCUACUUUGGGUCAAAUAACCAGGCCUAUAUCGCAUUUAGUCUUCUCUCCUGAUGGUCAACUGUUAUGUAUGGCUUCAAAAUCUGCUAGAGAUAUAUUAAGAUUAGUCCACUUACCAUCAUGUACUGUAUAUUCUAAUUGGCCAACAAGUGGGACUCCAUUGGGUAAAGUUACCAGUGUAGCAUUUUCACCACGUGGUGAAAUGAUAGCAGUAGGUAAUGAACAAGCCAAGGUCAGAUUAUGGAGAUUGAAUGAUUAUAACUAA